AUUAUACCACUGGACCGAAAUUCUACCUUUGAUGGUGCAGUUCCGAAUCGAAGAGCAGCAGUUUGUUUGUAUCGGAAAAACGCGAAAUCACAUCGAGUUGACCACCGAUCGAAGAAAACAGUUGUCAUCAUCCAACAAUCAGUUGGUGUCCGAUACCUGAGAUCUCUGGUAGCCAACCAAAACCCAAACCGCACCACAAAGUGCUUCCCGUGGAACAUACCUUUGUCACCCGAUCGAAAACCGCAAUACGCAUAAACACCUACGAGUCGUACCGCCUUUAUUAUUGCCUUUGCUCUGUGCUUCGAGGAACAGGUUCGAAGAUAGUUAACGUAUCGUCAAUCUACUACAGGUACACACUUAUUUUGUUUUGCAGGGUUCCGUUUUGCAGGGUUCCUUUCAUCGUUUUCAGUCAUCCACACAGCUACCGAAUCCGAGUGUAAGCUUAUGUCAGACUGAGCCGAUUCUCCACCACUACAUCGACAUCAACAUCAUAACCCGUGUCAAGGAACACAAAAGUUGUAUCCUCUAUCACCUGCAGCUCCACUGUGACUGCGCACCAAUCCAUACCUGAUCACAUAGUGAUACGUUGACCACGCUGACACCCUUUUGGGAUCUAAGCAUCCUUUGGCGAGGUAACCAUCCGAUCAGAUCGGACCAAGCGAAAUCCAUCCGAAAGUCGAGAAUCGGAGCUACAAAACGAGCUAGGCAUCGCGAUCUAAGCAAGCAGUCCGUUGCUCACAUCACAACGUUUCAUCGCGCCACUAUCGCUGCACAAGAAACCAUCGUCGAUCAAAAUCUUUGGCUGUCAGCUUUGCUACCAGUUCUUGAUAUUUGAUUCGUGUUAAUCCAAUCCGAUCCGAUCCGAUUUCGGCACUCUGUACUACAAAAAUACAACACAACAACAAAAGAAUCUACAAUGGAUUCCUCGGGAAAUAUAUACUUGGAUUGUUCCGCAGCCCAGCAGCAGCGGCUUCUGGAGGAUAGCGGCAGCGCCGAUCCAACUAUGGACAUCCUACAGUGUGUUAGCGAUAGCUACCAAACCAUACAGGACGAUCGACAGGAGAAUCUCAGGAGUUUCCUCUUGGUUGUCUGUGGAGGCAUGAUCUUCUUUAUGCAGUCCGGAUUUGCCAUGAUGUGUGCGGGUUCGGUACGGCUGAAGAAUGUCCAGAACACCAUGCUCAAGAACCUUCUGGAUGCCUGCGGUGCAGCUCUUGCGUUUUAUCUCGUCGGUACGUAAACAUGAAAUGGAAUUACGAAUCAAGCAAUGAACGAACGAACGAGGAGAUUUAUCGUGUUACUGUUUCAUGAGUUCGGAAGGAAAUGCGAAUUAUUGAUGGCGUGCUGUGUUGAUAUUCGAUGCGGUCCCAAUAUCGAUGCGCAAUUCCUCUUGCACGCACAAGCGAUGUCAUGGAUCGCUUCUUUAAUCGUAUCGGUAUGGCGUCCUCUUUGUCUGGAAUCUGUAAUGACUGAUCUCGCUCACUGAUUCUCGCAAAUGUAUGUGUUUUUCUUUCUUGCGUUACCCAUCAAUAACAAUGUUCUCGAUGCUUGGGUGUAUGAUUUGUUAAAUGUCUAAUUGAUUCAUGCACUGGUAGGAUAUGCAUUUGCGUUCGGGAGAGACCUCGAUACUCCGGAGCCAACUUCCGACCGUACAACGUUUGUUGGAACACAGAAUUUCGUUAGCGUUGGAAGUUCCCCCGCCUUUUGGUUCUUUGAGUUUACCUUUAGUGCCACCAGCGUGACGAUUGUGGCCGGGACCCUUGCGGAGCGAUGCCAAAUGGCAGCCUACCUUGCCUACAGCGUGGUCCUGGCGGGUUUCAUCUAUCCGGUGGUCGCUCACUCGGUCUGGAGCGAGGAAGGAUUCCUGAGCCGAACCAACGAAAACCCCUUCAUGGACCAGGGUGUCAUCGACUUUGCAGGAGCUGGCGUUGUACACCUCAACGGAGGACUCAUUGCUCUUUAUGCUACACUCGUGCUGGGACCACGCCGAGGGCGCUUUUAUGAUGCCCAGGGCGAUCCUUUGGAGAAACCCCUGCCCUUUCCGGGGCACUCGGUCGCCCUCCAGCUGCUCGGUACGAUGAUUCUGUGGUUUGGUUGGUUUGGAUUUAACCCAGGAUCCGCCCUCUUGCUGCAGGAGAAUGAACGAUUUGGAAACGUGGCAGCAAACGCCGCUGUGGCCACGGCCCUUUCCGGGGCUAGCGGUGGUAUCUGUGCACUCUUUACGAAUCUGUGGUGGGAAGAAAGAAUGACCGGGGAGCCGAAGUUUGUCAUCCAGAUGGCAAUGAACGGAGCCUUGAGCGGUCUGGUGGCCGUUACGAGUGGCUGUGCCGUCAUGAGACCCUACGCGGCGAUCAUUACUGGCGCUAUCGCCGGAUGGAUCUACAUGUUGUCCUCCUCUCUCCUCAUCCGCUACCGCAUUGACGAUGCCGUCAACGCCAUUCCCGUGCAUAUGUUUAACGGUUGCUGGGGGUUGAUCGCCACGGGACUGUUUGCCCACCCAGAAUUGCUGGAAAUCACCUACAACAACAGGCCCGCGGACCACCCGGGGUUCUUUUACAGCUUUGCAAACGGAGGUGCUGAUGGCAACCUACUCCUGUGCCAAUUCUGUGCCGUAUUGUUUAUAUUGGGAUGGACAUUUAUCACGAUGUUUCCGUUUUUCAUCUGGUUGAACUACCGGUACGUACUAGCAAAUAAACCAGAAAUGAUAAUCUUUUGACCUGUACAACAUCGUUGACUGCUCUGCAAAAUGGAAAUAUCGAAACAAACUCACUCACAUCUGUUUCUUUUCUUGAUUUUGGUAUUGUGAUAGAGGAUGGCUACGAGCUGACUCUCUCGAAGAACUGGUUGGUCUCGACGUCUCGUAUCAUGGCCGAAGCACACACGACGAAAACAGUGGCAUCAAGAAGGAAUACAUCGAGGCCUACAAUCGUUACAAAGGCACUAUCCGGCAGCAAAGGAGUCACCACCACGGGCACAACAAUUCGAAUCCUGACCGGGAUCAGCUGGUCUUUGACACGACACCCUCGAUGGAGGACACAGAACAUCGUAUGAUGAGUCCCCAUGAAGAAGUGUCACAUUAUAACGAAACGAUAUCACGGUGCCAUACAAGGGAGAAAGAAGACAAACGAACAGAGGAAGAAACAUCUACAAAAUCAACAACGCUGAAGGAUUCCAAGGAAGAUCUAAAUGACAUGGAUCAUUGUAAAUAGGAUUAGCCCUCUGUUGUAAGAUACAGCACGCCAAGGAACCAGUCAGCCAAUCGGUGACAAACAGAGAUAUAUUCUGUACUUCUAGCUUUAUUGAACUCGCAUUCUGAAUCUGUCAAAAUAAAAUUACUUAAAAUGA